AAGAAAAAAAAAUGAAGAAGAAGAAGAAACCCAUGAAAUCUCACAGUUAUUGUUUUCAAUGCCAGUAAAUAUUUUUUAGAAGUUCAAAGGCCAAAAAACAAUGAAAUGAACUAAAUUUUCUUGAGAAACAAGAACAAAUCACUACAGAAACAUAAUUUUAUGAAAAGAAGAAAUACCCAAAUGAAAAACUUACCUCAGAACAAUGAAAAAUACCCAAAUGUCUAGGUUCGCAACGAACCUCACCUAUAGUUGCUUACAUCACCUUUCACCAACCCAAAGUUCAAAACUCAUAAAAGAAUCAACGCUUGCUUCCUAAUAUUCACCUCUCCCGUACCGACCCAAAAGCGGCCAAGCAGCCAUAGUAGACUAUGAAGUGCCCGACCGCCCGCCGCCACCACCCCAACCCUCCGCCUUUUCUCCACCUUCCUAGCGAUGGAUCAGGCCAACUCCUUACUCUCCCUCACGAGGCCGAAAGAAAAACCUUCAAACUCGACUUCGUCCAUUUCCGGUUACAUUGGCCUGCUUGCAUCUCAUUUUCGUCGUUUCGGAAUCUUCAAUUCCUGGGUUAAUUAGGUCUUCUGGAGACUGUAGAAUCCUGUUUUGAUUUUGGAGAUGUCGUUAACUGCAAUUCAGAACAUUGCGCGUCCGACUAGCAUUGGGUUGUCGAGUGCAGUGAAGAGAUGCUUGUGGGUUUCAAGUAGAGCAGUAAUCGACGCAGCCGCCAGGGACGGCGAGCUAAGGGUGUUCAUUUUUGCAGGGGAGGUUAGUGGAGAUACCAUUGGUUCUCGCCUAAUGGCUUCUUUAAAGAAGCUCUCUCCUUUUCCAAUCCGUUUUUCAGGCGUUGGAGGGUCAAUGAUGUCCAAGCAAGGUCUACAAUCUCUGUUUCCAAUGGAGGAUAUUGCACUAAUGGGAAUCUGGGAAUUAUUACCUCAUUUGUAUAAUAUCAGGGUGAGGAUGAAGGAAGCAAUAGAGGCUGCUUUACUCUUCCGGCCACACGUUGUUGUGACAGUGGACUUGAAGGGGUUCUCUUUCCGUUUCCUUAAACAGUUAAGGGGUAAUUAUACCACCCUCUUGGAGUUAGGAUCCGUAUUGUUACUUGUGAAAUAAGUAUGCAUAGGAAAAUAGGGGACUGGUUUUUGCAGCUAGAUAUGAUGAGCAAAGGUUGGAUGGUUCAGUUCACUUCCAUUAUGUAGCACCCUCAUUCUGGGCAUGGAAAGGAGGUGAAGCAAGACUCAAAGGCCUGGCAAAAUUUGUAGAUCAUGUCUUGUGUAUUCUCCCAAAUGAAGAACCUGUUUGUCGUUCAAAUGGACUUCCUGCAACCUUUGUGGGCCACCCCAUUCUAGAAGAUGUUUUGGAGGGAAAGGAAACAAUGGCUGAUGAGUGGAGAAUAGAAGGAAAUGGUGAAGACUUCCGAAUAAAAUAUGAUGUGCCUUCAGGAGCAACAGUCAUCAGCCUGCUACCUGGAAGCAGACUACAAGAGGUUACCAGAAUGCUUCCCAUCUUUGCAAAUACAAUGCAACAACUGAGAGACUCUUAUUCUGAGUUGAUGAAUGUUAUCCUUGUGGCGCCUAAUCAGCAUGUGGAUAAGUACGUUUCUAGAGCAAUUCAUAAUUGGCCAGUGCCUGCUAUACCAAUUCCUGGAGGAACACCAUAUCUGAAAUAUGAUGCAUUCAAUGCAAGCAAAGUUGCAUUAUGUACCUCAGGAACGGUUGCCAUGGAAUUGCAACUUGCAAGGUUGCCUUGUAUUUGCACUUACCGAGCCCAUCCUCUUACCGAAUGGGUUAUUCAAUAUAAAGCAAAGAUACCAUACAUUUCACUACCCAAUAUUCUGCUGGAUUGUCCCGUUAUUCCUGAAGUACUUUUCGAGGCAUGUUCGCCUGUAAAGCUAGCUUCCUGGCUCAACGAACUUAUUGGGGACAAAGCCCUUCAAGAGAAGCAAAUUGUUGCAGCUGGAAAGGUAAUGGAGCUUAUAUGUCCUUCAAAAAGACCCGUUAACAAUUUUGGAAAGCAGGAUACUGGAUUGAUCAUUUCUUCUUAUAGCCCAAGUAUGAUCGCAGCAUCCACCAUACUUGGCUUUGUGAAGCCAUGACAGCUUAUGCUAGAAUACCAGAUAUCAUCUGUAAUUUAAUUCAGAAAGCUGCUGAAAAGUUUGAACUCGGUACUUAGAAAGCAAGCUGCAAGUUUGAACUCGGUACUUAGAAAGCAAGCUGCAAGUUUCUUUAAAUUAUUGCAUUGUUUUCGUUCGCUGAAUGAAUGUAACACCAACCCGGAUAAUUUUGUUACCGAAAAGAAUGAUUCCAUAAUUGUUGCAUUUAUU